AUGGCGCUAUACGGGACUUCCAACGCCUUGAUGUGCAGGGCAUUCCCAACGACCCUACGGGGUCCGGCCCGCGCGUGGUACAGCAGCCUGAAGGCCGGGACCAUUGCCUCCUUCGACCAACUCGCCAGAGACUUCGAGCUCAGUUUCCUGGCUUACGCUCGACCGAAACCGUCCGUGGCAUUACUCCUCGGACUCAACCAAAGGGAGGACGAGCCCCUCUCCCAUUUUGUGAACCGCUUCACGACACAAAUUCGCGGACUGUCGGAUGCUCACCCCUCUCUAUUGAUGCAGGCAUUCAUGACAGGCCUGCGACCUUCCCGGUUCUUCUGGUCCCUCGUGGAACGACCCCCUGCCGCGGUUCCCGAAAUGAUUCAGCGUGCUGGCUAG